CGUCUGCCGCCCGCCCGCCCGCCCGCGCCCCCCGCCUCGGCCCGCUGAGCUAGCCCCUCCCCACGCGCAGACAUGUCCGAGGCCAAGAACAGCCCCGAGUAUGCCGCGUUUUUCGCCGUCAUGGGCGCCUCGUCCGCCAUGAUCUUCAGCGCCCUGGGUGCCGCCUAUGGCACGGCCAAGAGCGGCACCGGCAUCGCCGCCAUGUCGGUGAUGCGGCCGGAGAUGAUCAUGAAGUCCAUCAUCCCGGUGGUCAUGGCCGGCAUCAUCGCCAUCUACGGCCUGGUGGUGGCCGUGCUCAUCGCCAACUCCCUGAACGACGGCAUCAGCCUCUACCGGAGUUUCCUGCAGCUGGGCGCGGGCCUGAGCGUGGGCCUGAGCGGCCUGGCAGCCGGCUUUGCCAUCGGCAUCGUGGGCGACGCCGGCGUGCGGGGCACCGCGCAGCAGCCCCGGCUCUUCGUGGGCAUGAUCCUGAUCCUCAUCUUCGCCGAGGUGCUCGGCCUCUACGGGCUCAUCGUCGCCCUCAUCCUGUCCACAAAGUAGCCCCUGCGCGCCCCCCGCCCCCAUUCCAGAACGAACAGCCUGACCAUGCACGGGCGGCCGCCCCCAGUAGUUGGUCUUGUACAUGCGCAGUGUCCUAGUGCCCGUCCGUCCCCCCGCCCCCCCGUGCUGUGGACAGCUGGGCCGCGCGCCCCCACCCCGCCCUCGAGUGCUGUGUUUGAGGACGAACCGCAGUUGUCACUUCUCUUCUCGAUGUUUAUUUAUACAAGACCUGACCCGUUCAUCCGUCUGUGGAGCAGCCCUGCCUCCCACCGCUGUAGUCACCCUAGGUAGAGUGUCGCCCGCGGUCCCGGGCCGCGCGGCGCCGGCGCGGUGUCCAAUAAAGCGCUCGGAUGUGACUGGA